AUGCGCCGCGCCGCGCCACUCCUGUUGCUGGCGGUACUCACCGCAGCAGCCAACAACCACAGCAAUACCACCGCGGACUCACUUGUCACAAACACCUUCGUUAUCGACGAUGCCAACGCUAGGAUUACGAUAGAUGACGCCAACGGAACGGUCGUCCUCCGCGAUAACAAUGGAACGAUCAUUGAGCUAGAUGCUGAUCAAGCGGAGGUUGUGCGCAAAAAGAGGACUUUCGGCGAUGUAGUGUUCAGAGGUUUAGCUGACGUGCUCGGAUACAAUGUGCAAAGAAAACCACCACAGGCUUUUGAAUUUCCGCCUCCGGUUGCACCGGUUCCCGGUAUAGACACACCGCUAGCUGCUCCUGCUGCAGCACCUGCUCCGGCACCUGCACCGUGUGGACAGCCUAGAGCAGCGCCACCACCUUGCAGACCACCUCCGCCGCCCCCACCGCCUCCGCCUCCUGCUCCAAAAGCGGUACCACCUUGUCCGAGACCCAGAGCUGUACCACGGCCAAAACCUAGACCAAAGACGACCCCAAGGCCCCCGCCACCACCGCCACCUCCACCACCUUGUGCCAGGCCUCGGGCGGCCCCAGCCACUCCAGCCCCUUGCGCGCCACCACCGCCACCGCCUAAGCAACAAGCCGACACAAACCUUGAAAGGAUUACGUCCAACCUUAGAUUAAACUUCAAUUUUAACCGUAGCCCGCUAACUCAAGCCCCUGCCGCCGCUGAAGCGGUACCCGAAGAUCAAGUUGACACCCAAGAAGAUGACCAGGACCAAUAUGUUCCAAUUGCUAUUCAACCACAAGCAGCAAAAUUACCCCUCGACGAGCCACGAAAACCGCGAGUUUACGUGGAUGCAUUCGUUGUUCAAAAUGGAAUCGCAAAACGAGUAGAUACCGUAGAUGCGAAGCGGUUAAAUAAUCUUCGUGAAACUAAUGAAGAUUAUUUAGCAUACGAUGAUGAGAAUACGCAACAACAGCUAGACGAUGACUACGAGGAUGUCCAAGAAUCUCGCGACCGUGAGGCAGCAGUUCGCCAAGCUGUCGAUGCCGAGGAUGAUUCUGAAGUGACUACCACUACCGAGGAUCCUAAAAAAUCAUUGAAGCCACGCAUUUUACCGCCAACCGAACACAAUCCUAACCAGAUCGACACUGUAACUGUUCGAGUACCACCUAUUUACAGAGAAAAGCGACCGAAGAAAUUGCAUCGCGAGCGACCUGAGACACCAGACAGAGAUGAAGAGGAUGACGAACGUCACGUUACGGGCAACUACAGCAGAGAAAGAGAAGACGAGGAUAGCGACGGGUAUGACAGUUUAUUGACACCGCAAACUGAGCGACCCAGGCGUAAACGUCGACGGAAGCAGAGUCGUAAGACCCGAUCCACAGACAAAAGCGACGAAAGUGAGAAUGAAGAAUACUCAGUAGACUAUUUCGGAAAAAAGAUCCCCGUAUCUGAAGAAGAAAAGUUCUACAUGAGAUUAAGAGUGCCCGAACCGACCGUGGACCCGGACGUCGCUCGUCACGAGUCACCUGUCAAGAGCGGCUACUUUUUGGAAGACCAUGAACGCUUGCGAGAGGACCCGAAGCACCGAAUCGCAGAUGACGAGAAGGACAAUGACGAUUCCGAUGACGACGAUGAGUCGGAACGUUCAGACUCCACCGAACGGACAACUGAGGAUAAAGAACGAUCGGGCGAAGACGAACGAUCAGGUGAAAACGAACGAGCGAAUGAACACGAGCGUACAGACAAGUUGAGACCUAACGCGCGAGUUCGUGAAUCAGGCUACCAAAACAAAUACGUUACAGCAUCCAACGUGCGAGUCGACGAGCCUGAGACGAACGUUGCCUCUGUCAAGCGGAAGACGGUUAAACUCGGGCAAGGAAAGGCGUGA